CCUCCUCCUCCUCCUCCUCCUCCUCCUCCUCCCAUGGAAGCCGGAGCUGGACUUGUCGCCGGUUCUCACAACCGCAACGAGCUCGUUGUGAUUCACGGCCAUGAGGAGUCGAAGCCUUUGAAGAACUUGGAUGGGCAAGUGUGUGAGAUCUGUGGGGAUGAGGUUGGGCUCACGGUUGAUGGAGAUUUGUUCGUGGCAUGCAACGAGUGCGGAUUUCCGGUUUGUCGGCCUUGCUAUGAGUAUGAGAGGAGAGAAGGGAGCCAGUUGUGCCCUCAGUGCAAGACUCGAUACAAGCGUCUCAAAGGGAGCCCAAGAGUGGAGGGUGAUGAUGAUGAAGAAGACAUUGAUGAUCUCGAGCACGAAUUCAACAUUGAAGAUGAGCAGAACAAGCACAAGUACAUGGCAGAAGCUAUGCUUCAUGGGAAGAUGAGCUAUGGAAGAGGUCCUGAGGAUGACGAUAACGCUCAAUUUCCAUCAGUUAUAGCUGGUGGCAGAUCCCGACCUGUUAGUGGCGAGUUCCCAAUAUCAUCUUAUGGUCACGGAGAGAUGCCCUCUUCCCUUCACAAACGAGUUCAUCCAUAUCCAAUUUCUGAACCCGGAAGUGAAAGAUGGGAUGAAAAGAAAGAGGGAGGGUGGAAAGAAAGAAUGGACGACUGGAAGCUGCAGCAGGGCAACCUCGGCCCUGAACCUGAUGACAUCAAUGACCCGGACAUGGCAAUGAUAGAUGAGGCAAGGCAGCCACUCUCCAGGAAAGUACCAAUUGCAUCGAGCAAGAUCAACCCAUACCGGAUGGUGAUAGUUGCUCGGCUUGCCAUAUUGGCUUUCUUCCUUCGAUACAGGAUAUUGAACCCAGUACAUGAUGCAUUUGGUCUUUGGUUAACAUCCAUCAUCUGUGAGAUAUGGUUCGCUUUCUCCUGGAUCCUGGAUCAGUUUCCCAAAUGGUUCCCUAUUGAUCGUGAGACCUAUCUUGAUCGCCUCUCUCUCAGAUAUGAAAGGGAAGGUGAACCUAAUAUGCUUUCUCCAGUAGAUGUCUUUGUCAGCACAGUGGAUCCUAUGAAAGAGCCCCCACUUGUGACAGGAAACACAGUUCUGUCAAUAUUGGCUAUGGACUAUCCAGUCGAUAAGAUUUCCUGCUACGUUUCUGAUGAUGGAGCUUCAAUGCUCACCUUUGAAUCUUUGUCUGAAACCGCCGAAUUUGCUCGAAAAUGGGUACCCUUCUGCAAAAAGUUCUCUAUAGAGCCCCGAGCCCCUGAAAUGUACUUCACUUUGAAGAUUGAUUAUCUCAAAGACAAAGUCCAGCCAACCUUCGUCAAAGAGCGGCGAGCAAUGAAGAGAGAAUAUGAAGAAUUCAAAGUGCGGAUCAAUGCGUUGGUUGCUAAAGCUGCGAAGGUACCUCCAGAGGGAUGGAUCAUGCAAGACGGUACACCAUGGCCAGGAAACAACACAAAGGAUCAUCCAGGCAUGAUUCAAGUCUUUCUUGGACACAGCGGAGGUCUUGAUGCAGACGGAAAUGAGCUCCCUCGCCUUGUUUAUGUAUCUCGUGAGAAGAGGCCUGGCUUCCAACACCACAAGAAAGCUGGUGCCAUGAAUGCCUUGGUUCGUGUCUCUGGUGUGCUUACAAAUGCUCCUUUCAUGCUGAACUUGGAUUGUGACCACUACAUAAAUAACAGCAAGGCCGUCCGCGAGGCCAUGUGCUUCUUGAUGGACCCUCAGAUAGGAAGAAAGGUUUGUUACGUCCAAUUCCCUCAAAGAUUUGAUGGCAUUGAUACGAAUGAUCGGUACGCCAACAGGAACACAGUUUUCUUUGAUAUCAACAUGAAAGGUCUAGAUGGAAUCCAGGGCCCAGUAUAUGUGGGCACUGGAUGUGUCUUCCGGAGACAGGCAUUAUAUGGCUAUGAACCCAAGGGUCCUAAGCGUCCUAAGAUGGUCAGCUGUGAUUGCUGCCCAUGCUUUGGCCGCCGCAAACUCCCGAAGUAUUCUAAGCAUAGUGCCAAUGGGGAUGCUGCAGAUCUGCAAGGAAUGGAUGAUGACAAGGAGCUAUUGAUGUCCGAGAUGAAUUUUGAGAAGAAGUUUGGGCAGUCGGCAAUUUUUGUUACCUCAACUUUGAUGGAACAGGGUGGCGUACCCCCUUCUUCAAGUCCAGCAGCACUGCUGAAAGAAGCCAUCCAUGUUAUCAGUUGUGGGUAUGAAGAUAAAACUGAAUGGGGCACCGAGUUGGGCUGGAUUUAUGGUUCUAUCACAGAGGAUAUCCUAACAGGCUUUAAGAUGCAUUGCCGUGGUUGGAGGUCCAUUUAUUGUAUGCCAAAGAGACCAGCAUUCAAGGGAUCUGCUCCAAUUAAUCUUUCAGAUAGGCUCAAUCAAGUGCUUCGUUGGGCACUUGGUUCUGUUGAGAUCUUUUUUAGCCACCACAGUCCAGUCUGGUAUGGAUACAAAGGGGGGAAGCUUAAAUGGCUCGAACGGUUUGCAUAUGUCAACACAACCAUCUAUCCUUUUACCUCCUUACCACUCCUUGCCUACUGUACUCUUCCGGCCAUUUGCUUGCUGACAGACAAGUUCAUCAUGCCAGCAAUUAGCACUUUUGCCAGUCUUUUCUUCAUUGCUCUUUUUAUGUCAAUCUUUGCAACCGGCAUUCUUGAACUGAGGUGGAGUGGAGUGAGCAUUGAGGAAUGGUGGAGAAAUGAGCAAUUCUGGGUCAUUGGUGGUGUGUCAGCUCACUUGUUUGCUGUUGUACAAGGUCUCCUGAAGGUAUUGGCUGGAAUAGACACUAAUUUCACAGUGACAUCCAAAGCGUCUGAUGACGAAGACUUUGGCGAACUGUACGCAUUCAAAUGGACAACGUUGUUAAUCCCUCCAACUACUAUAUUGAUCAUCAACCUAGUUGGAGUAGUUGCCGGAAUCUCUGAUGCUAUUAAUAAUGGAUACCAAGCAUGGGGACCUCUGUUUGGGAAAUUGUUCUUCGCCUUCUGGGUGAUUCUCCAUCUCUAUCCCUUCCUGAAAGGGCUGAUGGGGAGACAGAACCGUACACCAACAAUAGUGGUCAUAUGGUCAGUACUCCUGGCUUCCAUAUUCUCCUUGCUGUGGGUCCGAAUUGAUCCGUUCGUGCUAAAGACCAAGGGGCCUGAUACCAAGAAAUGUGGAAUCAAUUGUUAAUUCUCAAAUUUCAUGCUUCAGUGUGUGCAUCUCCUCAAGUACAAGGAUAUUUCGUCCAGAUGAAUUUAGUGUACAGAUAUGCAGCACAGAAGUGCUUGAGAUUGAAUAAGGAUAGAGUGCAAUUUUUUGUGUAUCACAAGGCAAGAAUGUCCAUUUUUGUAAUUGAAUGAUAUGUCCUCUGAUAAGAUUGGAGAAAUCCCAAGUGGAUCAUACUAGGCUAUAAGCGUUUUCUUCCGAGAAAUUAAGUAUUUACAAUAUCCUAUUUCAUACUAAAAAAAAUCAAUCCUACAUUUCUC